AUGCCUACAAGAAGCGAAGCCGGAGCACAGCAAGGAAACCGUCCCAAACACAGUGCCGGUGGUAGUGAGCGACUGAAGCGCAUUCUCCUCGGAGACGUCAGAAACACGCUCGGAAUGGGCCACAAGAGCGUCGAAGGAAGCAGCUUUCAGCCGUGGGACGUCGUGACGGUGGAGCUGAACGAAAACUCGGAGGACGCCGGAGGUACCGACGAAGAGGAGGAGGCGGACGUGAAGGAAGUGGAAGUUUUGUACCCCGACUUCGAGUCGGAAGACGGGGCGGGGGAGAGCGCGGCGGCCGGGCCGGGCCCGAGGACCGGGGCGUGUUCCUCGUGCGGCAAGAUGUUCCGGCCGGGCGCGUGCCUUCGGGAGCACGAGGCGUCGCACGUCGGCGAGAUGAAGUUCUUCUGCAAGCACUGCGACAAGGGCUUCCACACGCGCGCCAGGCUGGGCCUGCACGCCCGGGCCCACCUCCUGAGGCGCUGCGCUUGCCGCGCAUGCGGCGAGCGGUUCGGCAAGCUGAGGAAGCACCUGCUGUCACACGGUUGCAACCAGACCUUCCGGUCGAGGGACCACCUGGAGGGCCACUCCGCGGCGCACCUGGGCGAGCGGCUGCACGCCUGCCCCGAGGCGCGCAAGACCCGCCCGGCCGUGUGCCCCGUCUGCGGCAAGGCGUUCCGGAGGAAGGAGGCCAUGACCAAGCACAUGCGCGUCCACACGGGCGAGCGGCCCUACGCGUGCCCCUUCUGCGCGCGCCGCUUCUCCGGCAAGUGGAACCUGACCCAGCACAUCCGGCUGCACACCGGCGCCAAGCCGUACGUGUGCUCCCACUGCGGCAAGGCUUACAGGCACAACGUCACGCUCAGGAACCACGUCAGGCAGAUCCACGAGAACGAGGUCUCGAUCCGCGAAAUAGACUUGUGA